AUGAACACGUUGAGAUACCUGUUCUCGUGGUUUGAAAAAAGCCCAGAUAUCAUCUCCGCCGUCACAAGUACACCGACUUCUACGACAACAGCCACACCUGAAAGCCCACAGCCUGAGAAAAACGUCCACAUUCUCCAGCCCAAGAUGUCCGACAGCAACAACGCGACGGUCGGCAAUGGCAACACCAACGGCCACGCCAAUGGCAACAACACCCCCAAAGAAGCCACCUUCUACCACAACUCCGUCGAGCUCUUCGAUCUAGGCAUCACGCGCUUCGACCAAGACACCGCCGCAGUCGGCGACCGCGACUUCGCCCUCCACGCCCAAGGUCCCGUCCUCGCGCGCGCCGGUCGAGCACCCCGCGGUCUAGAAAGCCAAGUCCACGCCUGGAACACAUUCCAAUACACCACUGAAGAAGUCAACGAGCGUGAAGAGCUCAAGGGAGAUCUGCAUGGCGGACAGUUGCAUCGCGAGAAUAGGGCUGCUGCAGGGCAGGGUGCGGGUGGUAUGAACGGCGGCGGUAGGGGAGGCUUUGGAGGUGGCUAUGCGGGCAGAGGUGGUGAUAGGGGCGGUCGUGGCGCGGCUAGGGGUGGUAGGGCUGGUGGUGCAGGACGUGGUGGUAGAGAUGAUGGGAUGCUGGAGGGACUGUGUGCGGGUAGGAAGCCGGAUUAUGAUUGCCCGCCCAUGGCGAAGGGUAUGGCGGAGGAGAUGGAUAAGAGUAUGUUCUGGGACGGACCGAUAGUCUAG